UAUUUUCAUUUCUCACAAGCAGACUCUGUUCAGACACAGAUAAAGGGAAAACCGGCUUGCGGUUUUCCGACAACUGAAAAGUAGAAAAAAUAACCGGUUUUCGUUUCCUCGAGAAACUGUUUUCUCAGGAAACAAACAAAAAGUUUUUUCUUCUUAGUAACCGUACUGUGAUUUUUUGAAAUUUCACUACGAAGAAACUUCUAAAGCACUGUUUGAGCUCUGCAAAUGUGAAAAGGUCUAAAACAGACAGUUUCAGUUUAAAGUUAAAGAAGAGCUUUUUGGAGUGUCAGAAUCAAUAUUACAGUCUAUGCAGGUCUGUGCUGUAGAUGCUGGUAGGUCUAUCUAGUUUUGUCGAUAGUGGACGGUUUGAGUGAUAUUUGGUCUAUGCAUGGAAGCAAGAGAAGGAAUGAACUCAGGAGUUACAGUGAUAGGAGCUGAAGCUCCAUCAGCCUACCAUAUGGCUCCAAGAACUGAAAAUCCGAGCCAAAUUGAUGGGUCCCCUGCAGUGGCUGCGUCCCCAGUUAGUGUAGGAUUGACUGGACCCACAGAAAAGAAGAAGAGAGGUAGACCAAGGAAAUAUGGACCAGAUGGGAGUGUUGCUAUGGCAUUGUCACCAAUGCCUAUUUCAUCUUCGGCUCCACCUUCUGGUGACUUCUCCUCUGGGAAGCGAGGAAGAGGGAAGUUCAGUAGUUUUGAAAGCAAGCAGCUCAAGAGAAUGGGGACGGACAAUUUUGGUGAGUCAUCUGCUUGUUCUGUUGGUACAAAUUUUACGCCCCAUGUCAUCACUGUCAAUGCUGGCGAGGAUGUUACAAUGAAGGUUAUAUCAUUUUCCCAACAAGGACCUCGAGCAAUUUGCAUCCUAUCUGCUAAUGGAGUAAUUUCAAAUGUUACACUUCGUCAACCUGAUUCUUCCGGGGGCACACUGACAUAUGAGGGUCGCUUUGAAAUUCUUUCCUUGUCUGGAUCAUUUAUGCCUACUGAGAGUCAAGGGACAAGAAGCAGAUCAGGUGGCAUGAGUGUCUCUUUGGCGAGUCCAGAUGGUCGGGUUGUAGGAGGAGGAGUUGCUGGACUUCUGGUAGCAGCUAGUCCUGUGCAGGUUGUGGUAGGCAGUUUCCUACCAGCCAAUCAUCAAGAACAGAAACCCAAGAAACAGAAGGCAGAGUCUGUGCCGGCUACAGUCGCACUACCUCCUAGCAUUUCUACUGUCGUACCUACUUCAAAUGCCGAAAACGAGAGCAUGGAUAGAAAUGGGCAGCAAAAUCCAAGCGCCUUGAAGCCAAGCCUUGCUCCUUCACCUGCCUUCGGAAGAGAAAACUGGAGCACCAUGCAGGAACCUAGAAAUUCGACGACCGACAUCAACAUCUCUCUUCCUGCAAGUUAACAUGACAAAUGCCAAAUCAAGAUCUCAAGUUCUCGCUGACUAUUGAUCCCUCUGAUAUUGGUAUUAUACUACUCAUUGGAAGAGUUGAGAUUUGUUCUUAAUCUGAAUUAUCUAUGUAAUUUUAGGAUGACGUAGGUUUACAGGAUUUCCAUUUAGGUUAAAUGCUUUUCUUUCCAAACAAGACAAUUAUUAUUACUAUUAUUAUUAUUUUUUAAUCUUUUGUUAAUCUUAGGUGGGAUCAGGCAUUACAUCUGAUUUCUAGGCUAAUUCAGUGGAGGCUGUUAUCCUAGUCUGUUGUUUAAUGACUGACAAAUUUAUUGGUACCCAACUUAAUCA